GAGGGGCCAAAGCGCAAAAACGCAGAACGGCAGAAGUUUUCUCCGCUGUCCAUUGAAAUGUGCCAAACCCGUCGUCUCGUCUUCCCCUCCCGGCUCCCGGUUCCGGCCCCGCUCCUCCCAAAAUCCCCCAAAACCUGACGCGCUGGAGGGCCGAUCCGCGGCUCCCCGCUGCCUGAUCCGAGCCGGCUCCUCGCCCCCGCCGGGGAUCCAAGUGGGAUGGGGUACUUGAGCUCCGUGAUCGGCCACCCCACCGAUGGGUCCUCCGUCAGCGGCGGCGGCCUCAGCCAGAAUGGUAAAUUUAGCUAUGGCUAUGCAAGCUCCCCUGGUAAAAGGGCAUCCAUGGAAGACUUCUAUGAGACGAAAAUUGACUGUGUUGACGGUCAGAUAAUUGGUCUUUUUGGAGUUUUUGACGGUCAUGGUGGUGCUAAAGUAGCAGAGUAUGUUAAAGAAAACUUGUUCAACAAUCUUGUUAGUCAUCCAAAGUUCAUGAGUGAUACUAAGGUUGCUAUAGAUGAUGCUUAUAAAAGCACCGACAGUGAAUUCUUAGAAUCUGACAGUAGUCAAAAUCAAUGUGGGUCGACUGCAUCAACUGCUGUACUUGUUGGUGAUCGUCUCUUUGUCGCAAAUGUUGGUGACUCUAGGGCUAUCAUAUGCAGGGAAGGAAAUGCUAUCCCUGUUUCAAAGGAUCACAAGCCUGAUCAAACUGAUGAGCGGCAGCGUAUUGAAGAGGCUGGAGGUUUCGUGAUGUGGGCAGGAACAUGGCGUGUUGGUGGUGUACUUGCUGUUUCGCGAGCUUUUGGUGACAAACUCUUAAAGCAAUAUGUAGUUGUGGAUCCGGAGAUCCGAGAGGAAGCUGUCGAUGACACACUUGAGUUUCUCAUCCUUGCAAGUGAUGGGCUGUGGGAUGUUGUCUCUAACGAGGAAGCUGUCGCGAUGACCAGAUCCAUUCAGGACCCAGAAGAGGCUGCAAAGAAGCUCUUGCAAGAGGCCUACAAGAGGGAGAGCAGUGACAACAUAACUUGUGUCGUUGUGCGCUUCUUGCGCGGGCAAGGUAGUAGCGGAUACGCUUAAAGCAUAGCAAUAAAAUUACUGUACGCAGUGGUGUGAGCUAUGAUAUACAUGCCUCGAUUGAUUUUCCAAGGUUGAAUGGAGAAAGGUAGGAUACUUGUAUUAUGACGAUGGGUUGAACUGGGAAAUGUGUGUACCCUAUAUAUAUGUUAGGUUAGACACUAAGUUUGCUGGCCGUGUUUCACCCUAGUUUGAUUUUGAUGUUUGGGUCAGAAGAUAGUGUUGUAUUGUUGUGGAUGGAAAAAAACACGAUAAAAUUGUCCCUUGGUUUGAAAUGUAUCUGUCAGUAUACUACUUUCCCCUU